AUGAAUCAAUAUGAUAAAAAACGCAAAUUAAUGCAACAACAAAACGACGAUGAUGAACAAAUUGAAAAAACAUUAAAAUAUUUUGACGAAAUUCUCGACGAAUAUUUAUGCGACGAAGAUAUAACAGACGAAAAUACAAAUCACAAGUCACAUUCACAAACGAGAUUUACAAAUGUUACUCCUGUUCAAUAUGUGAAACAAAGUUUUCAGGCUAUAAAAUCGACUCCGAAGACUUCAUCGUCGAUAUCAACCUUUCAAGAUUCACGUUAUGUUCAAGCUUCUCAUCAAUUUCAUGACAAUCGCCAUCGUUCUGACCAAGUAGCAUCAACUGAUCAAGCCAAUAAUGUUCGUCGUCAUACAUCAGAAAAUAACCUGAAUCAAAUAGCUUCAUCGACAAAACCGGUGCCCACAGAGAAAGCGUUUCGUCCACAACUUCUUCAAACAGCAACAACAUCAACAGAAGAUUUGCUAACAAUUUCAUCAUCGAGAAAUUUUCAAGCUUACGAUCGUUUUUCUGUUCUUAUGGAUAAAACCAAUUAUUUAGCAGUCAAUAAUACAAGUGCUAGCCUAAUUGAUUUAACUGCUAUUGAUAAAUUAUCUUCGAGGCCACGUUUUCGUUUUGUUCCUCCAUCAAAUCAAAAUUUGAACUCGAAAGAAGAACAUAUAAAACAACAACAACAACAACAACAACAAUCAAAUCAAAAUUUUGAACAAUAUCAUUUGAAAACAAUACCAAUUGAACGAUCGUCACUUCAGAAUCAAAAUAAAUAUUCACAUAAAAUCGUAAAACCAAUCGUAGUAGUUCCGUCCAUACAAAAAUCCACACCAAUAAAUCAUCUAGCUGAAUCUAGUAUUCAUCAUGAAAACGGAAAAAGUGCAUUUAAACCACAUCGAUCAAGUAAAAUUGAUGUAUCAUCAAAAGUUCAAUAUCCAUCACCAUUAUCAGCAAGUAAACGACGACCUGAUCUACUACAUCAAUCAAAUAUGCAUAUUGGAAUGACCAAUCCAACGAAUCAAAUUGUUGAUAGUAGAGUAUCGAUGCAUCAAAAACAAAAUGUACCACAAUUUCAUCAAUCAAUACCGAAUCUUACUCAAAAAGGAACAGCAGAAGACGUCAAUUCUAAUAUGUAUGCAUCUUAUAUAUCCGAUCAACCGAAAACAUCGAAUUUUGUAAAACCACCGCCGUAUACACCACAAUCACAUAAAUCCAAUGAACAUCAUCCAUACCAACUGCCAACGAGUUCACAAGAUUCAAUUUCCAAAUGGAUCCAACAAGUUAAUAGUAGUAGUAGUAUUAGUGGUCUUGUACAUUCGUCACGUAAUCAACCGUAUCCUAACGGAGGGGAUUAUCGGGCUCACCAACAACAAUCUUAUCCUUAUGGUUCACAUCUUCCAGUGAAUGCAACUACGUCACAACCAGUGAAUACUUCCGAUCGUCAUCAUCAUCAUCACCAUCAUCAUCAACCAACUCAUAUGAAUCCAAUAAACAUGCCUAAACAUAUUUCUGGACAACAGUCCGCUCCUGUUCCAUCGGCUUAUCCUCCUUCGUUGUCAACAUCGAGAAAUGGAAUAUUCUCUCUACAAUCCUCAACUUCAUCGUCACCAUCUAAUAUAUAUCAUUUCCAUCAAAAUAACGUUCCAAAAGAAGGUCAACCCAAACGUAAUUCUCAUCGUCAAAAUGUUAAUGUCACAAGUUAUCUUUAA